AUGGACAGGAAUCCCGGGGUCAUUUCUGUAAUUAAAACGUUUGGGUACACGAGCGAUUGUUGCUUGUCGAGGUGUACAUGUGACGAACUUCCAUGCCCACUUUUAAACUGGCUCACGUCCCAACUGAAGUCUAUGUGUCCGGAGCUUCAGGAUUCAAGUGGAAAUCGUGGUGCCAUUCUAGUGAAAGAGCUGAAAAACAUCCUGUCCGACUUGCAGUCUCCCCUCACUGGGUUGAACUCAGAGAUAUUGGAACCUACUGUCCUCAACAAAAUCACUGAGUUCCUUGUGUCAGAAUUGCUAGCAGCACAUAUAAUCAACUAUAAAGAGCUGCAGUCUGAGGAUGAACCUGCUGGUAAAGAAGCUGCAAAACAGCAGAGAGUGAAGCAAAUGACAGCCUUUUCUCCAGAACAAAAAGACCACUAUGCAAAUGAUGACCCAAGUUCGGCUGAGUUGCAGGCAGAGUGGAUAUUACUACUUCACGCUCUUAACAUGGAUGCAUCCUCUCAAUAUUCUGAUGUGCUGCAUAAGGUGGAGUUAAAAAUUGCUCAUCUUCCUGGUGAAGCCAUGACAGACCCUCUUCUGCACUCCAGCCUCAAUGCAGAGCAGUGGAUCCAGCUCGAAAAGAUCAAUGGAGUCCUGUCCAACGACUACAGCUGUCGACAGCAAAUGAUGGUCAAACGCUUUCAGGUUUCACUUGAGUCCUUUGCAUGGGGAGAAAAACAAAAGGAGCGUAGUGAAGCAAUUGCCUCAGUCCCUCCCCUUGCAUCCAUCGCAGUUACAUCCAGAGUGUCCCUCCCUCUGUUACUGGCUGCUAGAGAGGAUAAAUCCUGCAUUGAGCCAAUCAAAGCUGGAACCAGUACAAAUGUGUACAAGAAAAUGAUGGGCCAUGUACCGGACAGAGGAGGACGACCAGGGGAAAUGGAGGCACCUAUGCCUGCCUGGGAAGGGCGCCGAUCAGGACAUGGUGGUGGAGGUCAUCAAUGGCAUAAAAAUCCAAAUAAAAAGAGGAAGGGGAAAAGGAGUUAG